UUUAAAGUAAAAUAUUAAAGGAAACUGGAAGCUGCGUGUGUUUUUCUUUUUUUUUUUUCAUUCUUCUUCCAGGAUGCGUUUUGUAUGAUCCAAAACGCGCACGCAGACGCUCCGGGUCAAUAUUUGUUUGUUUUUUUCCACCGGGGUCUGAUUCUGGUCCCUCCUAAGUUCGACGGAACUGCUCUUAGUUGUAUGUUUACCCGUUUAUGGACCAGCAUCACCUCGAUUGGCCGAUCCGGUCACAUGGUUCGCUAACUUUAUUCAGUUGACACCAAGUAGGAGGGCUUUAUGGAGGGAGGAAAAAAAGACAACUCGAGAAAAAUUAGUAUUUUCUACCUUCAGAAAUUAAUGGCCAUGAGUUCGUAUAUGGUGAACUCCAAGUAUGUGGAUCCCAAAUUUCCUCCGUGCGAGGAAUAUUCACAGAAUAACUAUAUACCUGAGCAGGGCUCGGACUACUUCAGCCCGGCGCAGGACACAGACUUUCACCAUGCAGGGAUCUACCCACGGUCAAACUACACGGAGCAGCCCUUCAGCUGCAACACUGUGCAGGACUCCAGCACGGUGCAGCCACGGGGUCAUGUGCAAGAGAGAUCCGGCCAGUCGAGCCCCUUUGGCGAGCCAGGGCCCCCGGUCCAAGCGUCCGGACCUCGGACUUGUGGACAGCAGCAAAACACAAAGAGCCAAAAUGGGACACAAGCCAAGCAGCCUGCAGUAGUUUACCCCUGGAUGAAGAAAGUCCACGUAACUACCGUGAACCCGGACUACACAGGGUCCGAGCCCAAGCGGUCCAGGACAGCUUACACCCGGCAGCAGGUCCUGGAGCUGGAGAAGGAGUUUCAUUUUAACAGGUACCUGACCAGGCGGCGGCGGAUCGAGAUCGCCCACACUCUUUGUCUCUCCGAGAGGCAGAUCAAAAUCUGGUUUCAGAACAGACGGAUGAAAUGGAAGAAGGACCACAAACUGCCCAACACCAAGGGCAGAUCCGCGCCAGCCUCCGGCCAUCUGCAGAGCAUUCAGAAGGACAACCAGACUGAUAUCACGUCAUUAUAAGACCAGGAGAGAAGGUGGCUUUCAGAACAUUCACUGUACAUACAAAACAAAACAACAACAACAAAAAAAAAAAACAGAGAGACAUGGGUUGCAUCUGACUUUUGCAUGGACUGAUGUCGUUUUUAGCCUUUGUUUUUUUUUAAAUUUUAUUUAACAAAAAUGACCCCAGCAGUGUUUUUGUUUGACUCAAGAACCGAGUCAGAACAAACAAAAAACAAAAAAAAAUGAGCCCUGAGUUGAAAGUUGUUUGAGAGUUGAGCCUCUUUUUUUCUCUUGGGGGACUCAAAAACAUCGAAACAAGCUUUUGAUUCUUUUUUUUUAAUUUUUUUUUUAUGUAUAUGUUUUAUUUAAUUUCGUUUGGACGUCUCCCUCCCCCUCUGUGGACGUUUAAAUGCUGAUUUCAUGGGUUCAAACAAAGUGUUUUCUGCUCCUCUCACGUGGAUUCACGCUGGUUAGAAAGGUUUAAUUACUUCACUCAGAACAGGGAAGCCCUUCCUUCCUUAUUUCAGUUUUUUUUUUUUUUUAAAUCUUCUUCUGUCUCCGAUUGAAUCUUCACAUUAAAAACGCACAAUAUAUAUUUAUAUAUAUAUAUAUAGAUAUACUUGAAGGAAGCAUUAUUUCCACAGAGCACGCCUAACACAACCUACUUUCGUUUAGCUGCGAGAAAAAAAAAAUCAGCCCCACACAUCAACCCGUGAAUCCCUCAGAUCUUUGUGUCUGUCUUUAACUUAUUUUGUACAAUAAAGCUUUGAAUUUUUUCGGAGCUUAAAUAUUAUUUCCUCUCCCCCCCCCAAAAAAGCAAGACAUUCCUUUGUGCACACUAUUCUGAGUGCCCUUAUAAAUCUCUCCUGACAUCUGUGUAAACAGUUGCGCAUUUUUCAGAGGCUCCCCUCGAAAGAAAAAACACUCCCUGCAUGGCAUCGAAUUGAUAUUGGAUGUUUCUCAUCGGAAAUCCAGGUUAUUUUAGGGAGUAGAAAUUGUUUAAUUUUUAAUAAUAUGAUUUUUUUACGUCAUUAUUUAUUUGUUUAAAAAGAAAACGUGUACAUUUUUCGUAUAGCACACACACACACACAAUUCUAAUUAAAAGUAUUCGUUAAACUUUUAUUAAUCUAAACAACAAAAAAAUAUGUGCAUUAUUAGCAUGGCUUUAUGCAAAGUUUUAGUCUUAGUUACAAUGUGGGAAUCGUCCGAGUUUUUCAUUUACACCGAGCUUAAAAAAGAAACCGAAGGGGGGCUUUCACGUCACCUUUUCAAGGCAGAUAUUUCUUGUUUUCUACAGUCAUUGUCUUCGGAUACACACACACACACACACACACACACACACACACACACACACACACACACACACAAACGCAAAAAGCCCCAAAGCUCUCUCCCAGUCCGAGGAGGUCUUCUUUUCUGAAGUCUUCCCGAUGAGAAGCUCUGAAAAGGUAUUUCAGCCGAAGGUCGACAAAGCAGCAGUGGCAGGUUCAUCCAGGGGACAUUUCAGCCGCGAGGACUGACCCCAGCACCCCCUGACCCGCCGGACAGCCAGCAUUUUCUCUCCCAGGCGCUGCUCGCUUUGGUUUGGAGCGCUUUUUUUUUUUUUUUUUUUUUCCUCUCCACACUUCAAGAAAAAAAACAGACAAGCCAAAGCAUUCAUAGAAAAAAAGAGUCAGUGCGUGAAGCCCACAAUUUUAAAGAAAAACAGUAUUUAUAUCAGGCGAAGCCCCCAGAAGGUUCUGAUUUGUGUAUUUGUCUCCUCAUGUCAAUAUGCAAUCCUUUUUGUUGUUUUUUUUAUUUUUAUUUUUGUACAUGCUUUCUACCUUGUAUUGUGCAUUGAGAUGCGAGAAGUAUAUUGGAAAAAAAUAAAGAUUUC